AUGCCUGGUGUAACGCGUCUCUUGGUCUUCCUAUCCAUUUUCGCCGCCGUAUCUUUAAAACUAAAAGCUCAAUACCUUCUUCCCAUCAAGAAACACGAUCCCACCAACCAAUUCUACACCACCUUGAACGUCGGAUCCGCCGCCAAAUCACCGGUCAACCUCGUCCUCGACUUGGAAACAACCCUCUCGUGGCUCAACUGCCGCAAAAUCAAAUCUCUAUCCACUUUCCGCCGCGUCGGCUGCAACACCCCCGUCUGCAAAUCACUCUCCAAUGGUCAAUGCAAAGAAAACACAUGUUACAACCAGCAACCUAACCCGCUCAGCCGAAUCCCACUCAUCGCUCGCGUAGGCCAAGACAGAGUCUCCUUCAGCAAAACCACGGUCCGCAACUUCACAUUCCUCUGCGCCGGCCAGAAAGACCUCCAAGGCCUUUCUCCUCCGGCCGCCGGAGUUCUUGGUCUCUCUCCCGGAUCAUUGUCGUUCCCGAAGCAAGUGACCUCAGCGUUUAAUGUCAUCCCCAAGUUUGCUCUAUGCUUGCCUUCUUCAACUCGCCCUUCAAUGUUCAUUCCACCGGGACCGGUUCCUACUCCAACCGGCCACUUCUACAUCGGGAGUGGUCCCUACUCCAUCCCGCCGUUCAGUAGUCGUCUUUCGAUUCCUAUGACCUUUACGCCGUUUAGGAUCUCCGAAUCUGGAAAGUAUCUUAUCAGCGUCGAUGCCAUCUACGUUGAUGGAAUCCGCUUGUCGCUGGAUCGCGAAUUGCUUGUCACAGGGGCCAAACUCAGCACGUUGAUUAUGGGACUAAUUAAGUACGCAAGCUCAGGCCCGUUCAAACACUGUUUUGAACUAGGCGGCAGCCAGAGGGAAGAGCCGGGGCUGCACCUGCCGGCGAUAGAGUUUGGAUUGCCGGGAAGGGUAGGGGAGGUGAAAUGGAAAUUUCACGCGGAGAACACGGUCGUUUUUGUGAUGGAGACAGUAGUGUGUUUGGCGUUCGUCGACGGAGGAAAGAAACCAAAUGACUUGAUGGUGAUAGGGACACAUCAGCUCCAAGAUUACAUGGUGGAGUUGGAUUUUAGCAGGACGGUUUUAGCCUUUAGUGACUCGCUCUUGCUCCACAAUACUAGCUGCUCUUCUUGGCCUUCUCGCAAGUAGAAUCACAACUACAAGCUGUUCGUCUUAAUUGCUCGAACUUGCUUGUGAAGGUGACUUCGUGGGUAAAGAUGUGGUUUGGUAAAGGUUUGUGGACGGAAGUGUGAACCUAAAGACUGCGAUGGUGUUGGGAGGUUUUCAGAUGGAAGAUAAUUUGGCGGAGUUUGAUCUUAAAGCUUCAAAGUUCUUUUUCUCUUCUUCUCUUUCGCGUCACAACACUUCUUGCAAUCACUCAUCUAGACUUUUCUAAUCUUAAUCGAAUCGGUUGUGUUGCCUAACUAAUAUAAAUUUGUUGAAUUGUGUUUCACUUUGCUUCGCGAUUCACGUGAUUUGAUGUGGCACUUAGAUCUAUCUUUUCUUUCAAAUAAGUCCAUCUUUCUCUUUGGUUUUGUUUUUGUUUUGCUAGGCUUUUAUCUGAUUUAUAAAAACAUUUCCAAUAAUUCUAAGAAGUACUACUUUUUAUGGUAUCAUUUAUUUGUGAAAAUAAAUUGGGUGCUUACCUACCUCUUCUACCUAAUGAUUUAAGAAAUAAC